CAGCAGCCCAGAUUUCAUAUUUUCUUCAAGACCAAAAAAAUAAAGACGAAAAACUGCAGCCAUGACGUCUGUAUUACCCAGCCAGAAACAAAUGGGAAGUGGGACAUACACUUUCUCAAGUCAACCCAGAGUCGUUCAGAACCGCAGAAAGUACAGAGGAACAGAGCCACCUAUGACAGAAGAGGCCUACAGUUAUGGAAAUAUUAUGUAUGACCGAAGGGUUGUGCGAGGCAACACUUACGCUCAACACAUAUUUCCUUUGUCUGCUCAGCCAGAUCCAGUAGAGAUUCAGAGGAAUCAGGAAGCCCGCAGAAGAGCAAUUGCAAAGAAACGGGCAAAAGAGCUGCUGAGAUCUAGGUCACCAGAACCUGUGGAAGGCAGAAAACACAUUGAUGUGCAGACAGAGCUUUACUUAGAAGAACUCAGUGACCGUGUUGAGGAGAAAGACAUGGAAUGCCAGACUGAUGCUUUCUUGGAUCGGCCGCCUACACCCCUCUUUAUCCCAGCAAAGACUGGAGCUGAUGUUGCAACACAGAUCCUGGAAGGAGAACUGUUUGACUUUGAUCUGGAGGUAAAGCCAAUACUGGAGGUGUUGAUUGGAAAGACAAUUGAGCAGGCUCUACUGGAAGUAAUGGAAGAAGAGGAAUUGGCUAACUUAAGGGCACAGCAGCGUGCUUUUGAGGAAUUGCGUAAUGCUGAGCUUGCUGAGGCACAACGACUUGAAGAACAAGAGAGACGCCAUAGAGAGGAAAAGGAACGGCGAAAACAACAACAAAGAGAAAUGCUUCUGAAAGAAAAGGAGACUGCAGAGAAAGUGGCAGCUAGAGCCUUUGCCCAGCAGUACUUGGCUGAUCUCAUUCCUUCUGUAUUUAGCAGCUUGAGGGACAAUGGAUACUUCUAUGAUCCUGUAGAAAGAGAUGUUGAGACUGGAUUCAUGCCAUGGCUAAUGGCUAGUGUGAAGAAAGCGCUGGAGAGAAAUGAACUGGGCAGGACAGUGCUUGACAUAUUAAUCCGGGAAGUAGUGGAAAAGCGGAUUGAUGAUUACAGCAAGUUGGAGCUAACCGAGUCAUCCGUCAUAUAGGAGAUGUAUAAAGUGGGCACCUCAGAUACAUGCAGGCAACAUCAAGCAAACCUGUGCAGAUUAGAAGUAUGAAGAAUAACGAAUUUAUCCGGCGACAAAUCUAAUAAAUUAUAUUUUACAACAUCAA